UCUCUCUCCCCGGCCAUCUGCCAAUCUCUUUGAACUCUGGUUCCUGGGUUCCGCUCGUGUCGUUGCGGUCAUCCCGGUCCUGGGCUGUUCGGUUUGGGGACGGCCCCAGUCCAAAGACAGCCACAGCCACCAAACAGACUCCACUGAUUGGGAAUUAUUCUCUCCCGUCUGUAUUUGCUCUUCAAGGACAGUAUUUCAGGAGAAAGACAGAUGGACCUCCAGAUCCGAGAGGAUACUAUUUGGGGGCUUCUUGGUUUUUCUUGUUAUUUGGAUUAUCUAGGAGAUAUAUUUGCUUUCUUGAACCAACCUCAAGGAUAGAAAAACGUUCUGUAUUAUUUUUUGGUUCACCUGGAACCCGAACAAUGCAAGCAAUAUAUGACUCCUAUGUGUACACCCUCCAGUGAUGGCUUGGAGGCUCGUGACCAACUGGCCUGCUUUGGGCUAGAGGCGUGCUGGAACCCCAGGAAGAGAAUUUGAUCGACGAACACAGACGCCCUCAACACUAUUCCCCAUAAAGAGUCCGUCCUCUACGGCUGAGACCUUGGCGACGUUCAACAGGCAGAAUGGCGAGCCACAAAGACCCUCGUUUCUUGCACAACCUGUCCUAUCACCCACGAUGGCUCCUCACCACCAAGGCCAAAAGACACACCAGGACCGUUUUGGAUUCCAAUAACAAUUGUGGCCAUUGUCCAAGCAGAUCAAUAUUGCCAUCGUUAUCAUCCGUGUCAUUAUCUUCAUUAUCUCCAUCGUCAUCCACAUGUACAUCCUCCUUAACAUCACAAUCCUCACUCAAACCACAUUUGCCAUCACCCCCUUUGAUACGCCCCAAGCACGGGAGGGGCCACUGGAUCCUCGUGGCCCUUCUGAUGGCAAUUUGUCUCCCUUGCGAGUCCUGGGCCACGACCUUCAAGGUGGCCAUCGUUGGGCCGUGGACUUGCGACCCUCUCUACUCCAAAGCCCUCCCGGACCUGGCCGCCCGUCUGGCCACCAGCCGCAUCAACAAAAACCCCUACCUGAACAAAGGCUACUGGUACGACUACACCCUCAUCAACGAGGACUGCAAGUCCUCCCGGGGCCUCGCCCGCUUCGCCGAGCUGGACGGCUACGGCUCGGCGUUCCUGGGUCCGGCCAACCCCGGGUACUGCACCUCGGCGGCACUGCUGGCCAAGCAGUGGGACCUGGGCCUCCUCUCCUGGGGCUGCCUGAAGCCCAACAUGGAGGAGGGCGGGAUGCACUCCACCUUCCUGCGGCCGCUGCCGCUGUCCUCCCGCGUGCUCUUCUCCGUGCUGCGCUACUUCCACUGGGCGCACGUGGCCAUCGUCUCGGAGGAGGGGGACCUGUGGGAGGCCACGGGGCAGGAGCUGGCCUCGUCCCUCAGGGCCUUGGGCCUGCCCGUCGGCACCGUGGUCACCAUGGAGUCGGACAAGGACGGAGCCCAGCGCGCCCUGGAGACGGUGCGCGACGCGGACCGGGUCAGAGUGGUGGUCAUGUGUAUGCACUCGGUGCUGAUCGGCGGAACGGCCCAACACAGGCUGCUGACCACGGCCCUGGACAUGCGCAUGAUCGCCCGCGGCUACGUCUUCAUCCCCUACGACACGCUGCUGUACUCCCUGCCCUACCAGGACUCGCCCCACUACGUCCUGGGCAACGACACCAAGCUCCGCAAGGCCUACGACGGGGUCCUCACCGUCACCAUGGACUCUGGGAAGAACAGCUUCUACGACGCCUUCAGGGAGGCGCAGAACACCUUUGAGAUCCGCUCCAGCAUCCCCGCCGAGCAGGUCUCCCCGUUCUUCGGCACCGUCUACAACAUGUUCUACUACACCGCCAUGGCCGCGGAGCAGGCCCGCAAGACGGGGGGCGGCUGGGUCACCGGGGAGAUGCUCACCCGGGCCGAGGGGGGCUUUGAGUUUGACGGCUUCAAUCAGCCCUUGUACGGGGGCGAGAACGGAGAAGGCAUGCUGGCGCGCUACGUGGUGCUGGACUACAGCGGCGUGGGCUCCACCCUGUACUCCACGCACAUCCUAGAGGCCGCCCACACGUCUGGGAAGACGGGAGGGUUGAAAUACCUGGGCCGGUCCAUCCACUUUGCGGGCAGCACUCCCUACAGCGACUCCAGCUGCUGGUUCAGCCCCUACUUCGCCUGCAGUGGCGGUCUGGAUUCGGCCAGUCUCUUCUUCCUCUGCCUUCUGUUCAUCACAUUGGCCGGUGGCGGGGUUUACCUCUUGUUCUACCUGAAGAGAAACGGCCUCCUUGGUGGCUUUGGUGGCUUCGGUGGUGGUGGGAAUAACGGGUCAGGGAAGGUGGUCCUCACCUUGGAUGACCUGAUAUUCAUCAACACUCAGCUCAGCAAACGGAAGCUGAACGAGGAUAGCGUCAUGAAGAGCCAGAUGGAGAUACAGGCGGCGCGCCCGUGUGUAUCCGGUCGCAGUUACAUGGCGUCCUCCCCUGACAGCUCUAACGUCGCCGUCUUUGAGGGGGACUGGGUUUGGCUGAAGAAGUGUCCUGACUCCACCACAACAAGUGUCAACAGCAAUGCUGAGUCUUCUUUCAUCAAGCUGCGAGACAUGCGUCACGAGAACCUCAACCUGUACAUGGGUCUGUUUUGCGACUCCGGGAUCUUCGGCAUCGUGACCGAGCACUGCACGCGAGGAAGCCUGGAGGACCUCCUCAACAACGAGGAGAUGCGUCUGGACUGGAUGUUCAAGUCGUCCCUGUUGAUGGAUCUUGUCCGGGGAAUGAGGCACCUUCACAACCGCAACAUCAUCCACGGGAGCCUGAAGUCUCGUAACUGUGUGGUGGACGGCCGCUUCGUGCUGAAGGUCACCGACUACAACUUCAAGAACAUCGUCCUGUGCCAGAACCUCCCGCUGCCAGAGGAGAAGCCUGAAGAUCUUCUGUGGACCGCGCCGGAGAUACUGAGGAACCCCAACCAGCAUAAGAAGGGCACCUUCCGGGGGGACGUGUACAGCUUCUCCAUCAUCAUGCAGGAGGUGAUCUCGCGUUGCGCCCCCUUCUGCAUGCUGGACAUGCCGGUCACAGAGAUCAUCAGUAAGGUGCGGUCCCCCCCGCCCCUGUGUCGGCCCGAGGUGUCGGUGGACGAGGCCCCCAUCGAGGUCCUCCAGGUGAUGAAGCAGGCCUGGAGCGAGGAGGCCGACAAGAGGCCCACCUUCGAGGAGAUCCUGAAGCAGUUCAAAAGCAUCACCAGGGGGAAGAAGACCAACAUCAUUGACUCAAUGCUGCGCAUGCUGGAGCAGUACUCCUCCAACCUGGAGGACCUGAUCAGAGAGAGGACCGAGGAGCUGGAGGUGGAGCGACAGAAGACUGAUAACCUCGUGGCCCAGAUGUUGCCCAGAUCUGUGGCUCAGGCCCUGAAGACAGGCAAGCCAGUGAAGCCAGAGCACUUUGCCGAGGUAACCCUCUACUUCAGCGACAUCGUGGGCUUCACCACCAUCUCGGCUCUGAGCGACCCCAUAGAGGUGGUGGACCUGCUCAACGACCUCUACACGCUCUUCGACGCCAUCAUUGGUCGUCACGACGUGUACAAGGUGGAGACCAUCGGUGAUGCCUACAUGGUGGCCUCAGGAGUCCCCAACCGGAACGGGAAUCGGCACGCGGGCGAGAUGUCCAACAUGUGUCUGGACAUCCUGCACUGCAUCGGCACCUUCAAAAUGAGGCACAUGCCCGACGUCAAAGUCAAAAUCCGUAUUGGCCUGCACUCUGGCCCAGUGGUCGCUGGUGUCGUAGGCCUCACCAUGCCUCGCUACUGUCUCUUCGGAGACACCGUGAACACAGCUUCCCGAAUGGAGUCCACAGGGUUGCCUUACCGAAUCCACGUCAACCAAAGCACAGUUGACGUUCUGAGAGAGUUGAAUGACGGCUACAAGAUCGACUGCCGAGGCAUGACAGAGCUGAAGGGUAAAGGAGUAGAGAACACCUACUGGCUGGUAGGCAAGAACGACUUCACCAAGCCCCUGCCCGUGCCACCGGACCUAACGCCAGGGGCGAGUAACCAUGGUAUCAACUUGGAUGAAAUCCCUCCGGACAGAAGACAGAAGUUCUUGGAUCGGCAGAAGAACCAGCGUUAGGUGAACAAUGGCCGGCCACAACAACAAAAGGAACUCCUUUAGGGACUGGCUGAAGGAUUAUUGGAUAUUUGUGUGCAUGGAAAGAAAAAGAAGAAAUCGGCACUUAUUCAGUUAAAAUUCAAUUCAUGGAGUUCCUUAAGUCCUUUAAACUAAAAAGCAUAUUUUAGUUUUUAAAAAGAAUUCAAACAACCUGCUUGAGAUUGCCAAAAUCUAAAGUCUUUCUGAGGAGAUGAUUAUAUUUUAUUAAUUUCACUCCCUAACCCUGAUAAAAGCCACGAUCCAGAAAUGUAGUCUUGCAAAUUUGCAUGAGAAAAAAUAUUUCAAAUAUCCCUCAGAGGUGUAUUAUCUCAAAAAGCAAAGAUGUACAUAAGAAUGAAGUUUCAAUGUUUGAACUGUAUAUAUUUAUUUAUGCUAUUUAGAAAAACCAUUAGGAGUUUAUGAAUUACACACCAAACCAUUUAUUUGUCAACUCAGCUAGUAAUAUGGAAACGUUUUGUAUUGUUUACAAUUCCAUUGUACAAAUGUGUAUGUUCACAGUAGUAACAGGAGGAAAUUAUGGAAAUGUCAACGGUAUUGAGUUCAAGUAAGGAUAGGUAUGGUUUGUUUUUAUAAAUUCCAUUUCUUUAUUUUCCACAGCAAUAAUUUGAACAUACCAUGAAAUAAGCAUAUGUGUGCUAUUAUAUCAACAGCUUGACUCGUGUCAACUGGACACUUUUCACAUCACAAUUUUAUUGGAGCUGUUAUUAGCCUCAGUAGGCGAACAGUUUAGCAAUCAGAUUGGAUUAUUGGAUCUAAGGGUCUGAAAUUGUACCCCAAAAAAAAAAAAAUACAUUACGUAAUUUGGCCCACAUUUCAAAACCAUUGCUUUGUUCAUAGAAAUACAUACAUUAUUAAUU